UGUGUCGCCGGGAACAGAAACCUCUGUUCUGACUUUCGUUAUCUCGCCGAAGAUAUUGGAACUUACGUGAUGAGAAUUGUACUCACGCUUCUUUGCUUGGCAGCAGCUCUGCAAUGCAUUGGUGUCAAUGCUGAAAGAUCAUUGAACACGGAGUCCUCCCUAGAACGGUCUGAUUUUACUGUGGAGGAAUCAAAGAGCGUAGAAAAUUCUCCAGUCAGGUUUCCAAGAAAAUUCCGAGAAAACAGUCGUACCAGAAGGUUGCAUAUAGAAAAUCAACAUGGAUUCGAUGGCAAAGUAGAAAAAAUUCAUAUUAGUUCUGAAGAAGAUCUUCCUGGAGUUAUGGCGUAUGGAAUGCAGAAGAAAAAUUUGGCAAACAAUGGCUAUAUCGAAAAGGCUCCACAAGAGAAAACCAUAGAAGAAAGUGAAGAAGAUACUUCAAGGGUUGCUCGUUCGAUCGAAGCUUACGGAAAAUCCAAAGAACAACUCGAAAUGAAUGGCCAUAUCGAAAGAAAAUACGAUCCGAAAUCUCUGUCCAAUCAACAUCCUACGAGAAAUGUAAGAGACAGAGAAACGAGGUCCAUCGAAGCAGAAGUAAAGCAAGACGAUCUGACGCAUGACCUGGAAGCCCAAGAUGCCAAAGUCUUCAGACCACUGUUCGUGUACAGACAGCAAGUGGCUAAAAGAGAGCAUCGAGCAAAAAAUUACAUCCAUGGUUUACCGACUGGUUACAAAUCUUGGCACAACCCAGGAUGGGUUUUCUGAAAGCCUUUUCCUCGAUAUAUUCAUUUUUUUAAUCUCCUGAAACAACAUCAAAACGCAACAAAUCAACAAUCGACUGUUUUACGAAAGAUAUGUAAACAAGAAAUCAGCCAUAGUGUUUGCAUUAUGGAUCCUUGGAGCCGACUAAUUAUCAUAAUAAUUAACCGAUCGAGUCAGCGUCACUUUGUGCCAUAAAAGAAGAAAGCGGUUCUUGAGGACUAGCGAUGGAAACGAGUUAUUAUAAUGAUCGAAAGCGCGAUAAGUGUGACGAUAAGAGUUGCUGUCGAAAUACCAAAUAGUAUUAUGAUUAGUGUGUGAUGAUAUCUAUAAUUUGUGUAAUUACAUAAUGAUUAAUCAUUGAUAUUUACGACAUUAUAAUUUAAGAUUUUGAUACUUUAUUACGCUACACGUUACAGGGAAAAUAAAUUCGAUUACACAUUUCCAAUUUAUGUAAUUAGAUAAUAAUUAAAUGAUCGAUAUGCAGGAACAAAUUAUAAUCGAUGUAAUUGUUUGAAAUUUGUAUUAUGUGUA